UGGACUGAGCAAAUUAAUUGGCUAUAAACUAUAUACAAAAAAUAAGUAGGACGACUCAAAUUUUGUUGUGCAGGAAGCUGUGGGGCGAUGGCGAUGAAAGAAAUGAUGGGAUUGAUGCAAUUAUUCUUUAUAUUAUCACUGGUAAAUGCAGAUUCUUCAGGCUUUGGAACGAUUCACACCAACAACUGGGCUGUUUUGGUUUGCACAUCUCGCUUCUGGUUCAACUAUCGUCAUAUGGCCAAUACAUUGUCCCUAUAUCGGACAGUAAAAAGACUAGGAAUACCCGAUGAGAGGAUUAUCCUUAUGUUGGCAGAUGAUAUGGCUUGCAAUGCUAGAAAUAGCCAUCCUGCUCAAGUUUUCAACAAUGAGAACCACCAGAUUAAUCUAUAUGGGGACAAUGUUGAGGUUGAUUAUAGAGGCUAUGAGGUGACCGUUGAGAAUUUUCUACGUGUCUUGACUGGUCGACAUGAACCUGCUGUCCCACGUUCAAAGCGCCUCUUGAGUGAUGAAGGAAGUCACAUUCUUCUAUACAUGACAGGGCAUGGUGGUGAUCAGUUUCUGAAGUUUCAAGAUUCUGAAGAGAUUCAAAGUCAUGAUCUAGCUGAUGCAAUUGAACAAAUGCGAGAGAAACGUAGAUUUAAGGAGUUGAUGAUAAUGGUAGAUACUUGUCAAGCUGCAACACUUUAUUCUCAGCUUUACUCUCCUGGUGUGUUGGCUAUUGGGAGCAGUUUGAAGGGUGAAAAUUCGUAUUCUCAUCACCUUGAUUCUGAUGUAGGUGUUUCUGUUGUGGACCGCUUUACUUUCUACACCUUGGCUUUCUUUGAGAAAUUGGAUAUGUAUGACAAUUCAUCACUAAGCAGUCUCUUUCAAUCGUACAACCCUAAAUUGCUAAUGUCCAAUGCAUAUUAUCGAGUUGAUUUAUACUCCCGUCCCUUAGACAAGGUGCCGGUUACCAAUUUUUUUGGAUCAGUUAUGGAAACAAUUCACAUCGAUUCUGCAUAUACUGGCUUCUCUGGAAGGAAUGCUGAAAAUCAAGUUAAAUCUCAUUCUGGUGCUUCAGUUGAUGAGACUCAGGAUAAGAUCUCGAGUUCAUCUGCUGAAAUUGAUUUCCAACACAUACCACAGGCACAUAUACAGGCUGAAUGCAGUAUUCUUAUCCACUUAUGGGACCAGUUGCAGCAUUUCCUAGAUAAGUUGGGAGACACAGAUAUCCAGGUUCAAUAUGGUCUCCUAGGGCUCAUUUUGCUUGUUAUGACAUCAUCAUGGAUUUUUCACUGAGCUUACUAAGAUUGCUAAAGGCCCAAUUUGUGGUAUUGUUCCCAGAAAAUAAUAGAUACAGAUGGAUGUUAGGAAAACGUGUAUGUACCCUAACCUGCGUUUGGGAAGAAGCAAAAUCUGCACUAACCCACAUUCCAAAAAGGAAAUAUUCCUCAAUGUAUUUUCUAACUAACUUGAGAAGAGCCGAUAUGUUUAUUUACUAGGUUAUGCGUUUGGAUUAAGAUAAAGGAACCUGAUGUGCUCAUUCAUGUGUCAUAAGAGAUACCUGUGGGGUUAAAGUUUUGUCCAUGCGUUACACUUAAUGAGAUUCCGAUGUACUUUUUUAUUUGCUUCAAUGAAAUAAAUACAUCAUGUUGCAUUCGUGGUUAUAGCAA